CCUUCCUUAUAAAACGCGACCAGAACCUAAAGAUAACAAUAAACAGCUUAUAAAAGAGAUCCACGAGAAUGAUCAACAUCCUGGUAUCACUAACAUUGCUUGGAGGAGUCCUGGGAGCAGUUGUACCCUCUGAUCCCUUCUCGGCACUCACCAUCCUUAAAAACUCUUGUCGAGACACGGCGACUUGUCCAAUAGCCUAUUCCGAAGAAAGUCUACGCGCCCGUCUAACUCCUGAGCAGUAUCACGUGACACGUGAGAAGGGAACAGAAAGACGAUUUUCUCCGGGUUAUGACAACCACAAACAUGGAACGUACCACUGUAUCGUCUGCAACAACACCCUCUACUCGUCUGCUCAUAAGUACCAUUCCGGGACCGGAUGGCCGUCAUUUUACGACAAAAUUGGAACGCAGAUGGGGAUCGUAGAUGAUUAUUCCUAUGGCAUGCACAGGUUAGAAGUCACGUGUGAGCGAUGCGGUUCACAUAUUGGUCACGUGUUCAAUGAUGGACCAGCUCCUACGGGGCUUCGGUACUGCAUGAAUUCAGCCGCCAUGUUAUUUGUACCAGGACCUGCUCACGAUAUGACAAAUAUCGUACCACAUCAACCUCUGGGCAAAAAAUAAACAUUGUUGUUCAUCGUAAUUGUGUAAAAUAAAUGUACAUGCUAUUCAAA